GGGAUUCCAUCUUGGUGACAAAGCGAGUUUACUAUCAAUAAUGGAUAUGUUUGGCAUAAUGCAGCAAAUACAUUUUUUUACUACCGGCUUUUGUGCAAAAGAUUAAUGUAAACAAAGCCCAGUGCGAGUUGUCCUUUCAAUUUUUAAAUGUAGUUUAAGUGGAACAAUACGACAUUAAUACUGUCAUCCAUGUUAUUGUAAGCACUGGGUUUACUAGGACUAGAAUGGGUAGUUAUUUCUACGAUAAUUACGAUGAGGAUGAUUACCUGGAUGAUAAUUAUGAUGAUCUUCAUGAGAUAUUUAUGAAAUAUUCUCAAAUUGCCAGCUGGACCGAUAUUUACGGAAGCUGUGUCCUGCCUUCGAUUCUACAAAUAUCUAGAUAUGUUAUUCCAUUCCUAGUAGCGAACAUAGUGCUCUGUAUCGUGGCUAAGUUAAAAACACGUUUGUUUCCAUCGUAUAACUUUAUCAUGCACAUACUGAGUUUUGGAAGUGGCUCGUAUCUUCUGUACCAUUAUCUCGAUGGCGGUUACAUUUAUUUAGUCCAUCUGGUUGUGACCACCUACCUCCUGCUAAGGAUAUCGUUCAUCGAUCAGCACUAUAUCCGAUUCGACUAUACAAUCAGUAGUUAUGCGAUACUUUGUUUGAUAGUGGGCGAACUCCACGAGAAGGACCCAAAAUUGUGGCAUCACAUCCGAGGCGUGCUCAUGAUUAUUGUGAUGAAGGUAAUUUCCCUUGCGUUUGACAUGAAGACUGAACAAUCGCUGCGGAAGCAUUUCACGAUGUUGGCCUUUCUGGGCUAUGUCUGUUGCCCGGCAAACUGCAUCUUCGGACCAUGGACGUCCUUCAGUGAGCAUCUUACUACCCUCACGAAGGCGAAAAAAAGAUUCAAAGUGAACAUUAAUUAUUUUUUGCAACUGGUACUUAAUUUAGUGUUAUCGAUGUCAUGUUUAGUGUUUUCCAACUGCGUUGAAGUUUUGUUUGUUCCCGCUUAUUACUGGAAAUGGGUAACCGCAUACGGGUCCGCAUUUGCAUUCCGUAUGAGUCAUUACUUUGUUUCAUUUCUAUCGCAAGCUACCAUGGUAUCGGCUGGAUUCAAAACGAAAAAGGUUAAUGCAAUACAGAAAUCAACCGAAAACUACCUCGGAUAUAACGUAGUGCAUCCGCUGAGCAUUGAGCUUCCAAGAUCAAUUUUACACGUCGUGGUUGCAUGGAAUGUGCCGAUGCAUCACUUUCUCAAGCGCUACGUUUUCCGCCCACUAAAGCCGCACGGGACAUUCGUCGCGGUGUUGCUGACCUAUGUCGUAUCAUCACUGCUGCAUGGUCUAAACUUCCAACUGUGGGCCACGUUGCUAACGCUGGGUCUGUGGAGCUACGUUGAGUACAACAUUCGGAAAAAGCUGGCACAGGCAUUCUCGGCUUGUGUUUUGGUUAGUAGAUGCCAGGAGCCGUGCGUUAACCAUGUGAUUGGUCGAAAGCGACCUCUGUCAAUUCUAAUCAACUCAAUAUUCUUCUGCCUUACGGUCACGAAUCUCAUCUAUUUGGGAAUGAUAUUCGAUACGAAUUCUCAACUACAAACAGAGGGCUUUUCGAUGAAACACACCAUAAGUAAGUGGCAAAGAUUAAACUUUGUCUCACAUUUGCUGCUGGUCGCAGGGUUUCUAUUCAAUUUGGUAAUUUAGUAUAACUAAAUGUGAUAAAAGAGUAAUAUGUAACAGUAUUUGAAAGAUCUCUAAGAU